UAUUUGUGCAUGAGACUGAGAGGAAGAAGAGGGUGGUUCUAAGGAGUGGUUUGUACAAGGAGAGAUGAGUGAGAGGAAGCAGGCAGCAAGAUGCAGGUUCUUGUGAAGUGGUGUGGGAGACACAAGGAAGAUGACUCCCAGGCAGAGGAUGUAUAUACAACAGUCCAGCAUCAAGAAGGGGAGACACUGUCUGUUCAAUGUUCCUAUACGAUCCGUUCUGACCGAUGGGAGGGCAAGGUCUGGUGCAAGGUGAGGAGAAAGAAGUGUGACUCAAAGUUCAGUCGGGGCUCAGGAUUGAGCCCCCCCUACAAACUUCAUGAUGACUCCCAGACCGGACUUCUCAUUGUCACCAUGGAAAGACUUAGGCACCAGGACUCUGGGAAAUAUUGGUGUAUGAGGAACAGUUCACGCUCCCUAUAUCCUGUGAAAGGUAUUCAGCUGGUGGUUUCACAAGUUCCUUCAACUGAGAGAAACAUCCCACUUAUUACAAAAGAAACCUCCAUUGAGGAACCAGAUGCCAUCUUCAGGACUGCUGUCACCACUGGCUCAUUUCUCAAAAAGGACAAGAACCUGCCCACAGUGGUUCCUAUCACUACUUCUAUACCUGCCUCAGUGGGUAGGAUGCCAGCUGACACAACUACUUUUCCUAUAAUGACAAGAUCAGUGACAACUGUAACUAGAGUGAUGAUGAGAUCCACAGCAGUCACCACACCCAUAACCACUGCUAUGUUAAGGAUGACCACAAAACACUCAGCAAAUAAUGGAUCUUCUCACAAAGCAAGUUCUACCCAUGUUGCUCCAGUGAUGUUGGUCACAGUCAAGGCCAGAUCUUCCUGUACCAGAUCCACCAUCACCAGAACACACCCCAAGACAUUGCCUCCUAACAGUUUCUACAACUCUGGCUUUGCUGUUCCCAUGUUGUUGGGGGGAAGUUUCACAAUCCUGAUGUUUUCAGUUGUAUUCUAUGUUCUAUGGAAAAAGAAACGCAUGGGAACUUAUUAUGUGUAAGAUGAUCCAGUUUUACCCUGGCCCAACAGGUCUAAAGAGUUGACUUCAGCUAAGAAGCAGGCUAAGUCUAAGUAGUCCGUGAUUACCCUGUCUCAGCCACUAUGGAAGGAAGAUCCUCUCCCAGUUGUUCUUCUGGUACCAGGCUCAGAAGAAAGGAAGAUAAUUAAUGAAGAGUUGACUGCAGUGUCCAGUGGGAUGAGAAUCCAUCCCUGUUUCUGGAUUCUGAGGAUGGUUGGAUAUUGUACAAGGAUUUGGGUAUUUGCCUUUAAAAAAACCAAUAUCAUUCCCUUCCCAAAGUUGAAGGCAAAAGACAAGAAAGGUGUGUGUCCAGGCCAUUGUUGAUGGGACAGAAGAAUAGACAGCCUGCUCAUCUUCAUAAAAGUUUAUUGUGAUCUUUUACAAGUAGGGGGUUGGAGUAGAUAUAAUAAUGAAGUCUUUUCUACCACUGUCUCUUGAAGAAUAAGGAUCUUGAGCCUUCCUUUGGUUCUCGGAAUCUCCUAGAUAGGAUUCCAGAACAGAACAAUUCUAGGACAAUGCCCCUUAAGAUGAACUAGAGGGAUCCUUUUCACUCUGCCCAUAAUGAAAGACCUGUAUUACAUAAAUCCUAAUGGAUAGCAGUUCAAAUCCUGUCUCAGAUGCUUAUUAGUUGUGUGAACUUGGGCAAGUCACUUUCCCCUCUUUGCUUCAGUUUCCUCAUCUGUAAAAUGAGCUGAAGAAGGAAAUAGCAAACUACUUCAAGUAUCUUUGCCCAGAAAAUCCUAAAAGGGGUCAGAAAUGGCUAUGAUUGAAAUUAAACAACACCACAAGGGAUAGUAGCAAGGGGCUUAUUAGCCCAUUUUGCAAAUGAAUAAAAUGAUCUUGUAUUGCUCCCUUUGCAAGGAAAGAAACUGGAGAAACCUGGAAUUGUCUUUUUUUUUUUUCUACAUUAUCUGAAUAUCUCAUCUUAAACUUUAGCUUCAUGGAAUAGGUAGGAAUGGGGAAGAACACGGGUACUUGUGAACUCCCUUCUGAACUAGUUUUACUCUUUGAAGAAAGUGGAAGUCUGAAAAUUUUCCUUUGAGGAGAAGUGAAACCCUCUUGGGGGUAGUCCCUGAGAAGGAUUCCCUGAUUAAAACCAGGCUCCCAGGCUCCCUUGAAUUGGGCUUGUUCUGUUCUAAAGGAAAUGAUCUAGCAAUCUUUAUGCCUCUCCCCCACUAAUCCCCACCUGAGCCUGUUCCCUUGAUUUUAACUUGAGCAAGAGUCACUUUCCUGGGAUUUUCCAUGUUUUCCUGGUGGUGGUGAUAAUGGUUAUGAUUCAGGAUGGGCAUUUAAAUUCUUUAAACAUGGUACUCAUGACUAUCCUACUUCUAGCCAUUCCUGAGUAAGCCUGGUCAUUAACAAAGGCAAUUUUGGGGGCAUCAGAGUCUAUAAUUGACUUUCCUUGCCUCAGGACAUCCCUCCUCUCAGGGAUACUUCAAAUCUAGUUAAUAGAUUUGACACAGUCUACAAAUCAUAAUUAAUGUAUGGAUCAGAAUGAAGGUACUUCAGCACUAGAUUGUGCACCCUGUUACUGGGCAAAGUAAGAGCCAAUUAGAUUUCAUUCAUUCAUUCAUUCUUCCAAAAAGCAUUUAUUACUAAUUCACUAAUAAUUUAGCAUUACUAACAAUUUACUGUAUGCUCCAUACUGUGCUAUAAUGUAAGAAAUGUAGAAGGAAUUAUACAUUCUUCCCUCUGAAUUUAUACUGUGUGCUUGACUUGCAGGGUUUCUUAAAUUGGGGUAGAUGAAUUCAUUUAGAAAAAUAUUUUGGUAACUAUUUCAAUAUUAUUUUCCUUUGUAAUCUUAUAAUAUGAUAUUUUGUAUCUUAUAAACAUUUGUAAUACAAUAUUUUAUUAUAUUAAUUUUUAAAUAUGCUGAGGAUGUUCAUAGAUUUCAUCAGACUACUAAAAGAGACAGACUUUGCAAUAAAAGGUUAAGUACUCCUGACCUACAAGGACCAAAUAUAUAUUGGUGAGAAACAAGAGAAUGGUCUUCAACCAUCUGGUCAACAUGAGAAUAUAUGAGAAUUGAUUAGCUAGAGAGGAACACAAGAUCUGACGAUCAGCAGCCGGAGGCAUCUUUAAUCAGGUAUCAAUCAGAACUAAUAUAUUCUAAGACUUGGUUAGCCCUGGGUACCCUGCCCACCCAAUGCUGGGUCCUUUGCUUUGGCUGAUAUCUAUGGAGAUGUGCAACUAGAAUAACUUUCUGAAAUUUUAUCUUUGCUCUGGGAAUGACUUGGAAAGUCUUCUGGGAAGAAUGUCUUUCUGCCCAUUCUCCAGGCUAGGAUGGAUGCUGAAAAUAGUGGAGAACAAAAGUCAAGUUUAGGUGCCAGAUGCUAUUGAACUUUAGUGUCCAGAAAAAAUGUUUUUGCCCAUUUUUGUAUCUGCAGCAUUUAGCACAGUACCUGGCACAUAGUUAAGAGCUUAAUUAAAGCUUACUCAAUAAGCUUUUGCGUAAUUGAUACUGACCCACCAUUAGAAUAGUCAACAGUCAUAUUGGGCAUGUGGCUAAAGAACCCCAAAAGUUAUUAGAAGGAUCAGCCAUUAGCCUGGUUCCUACUUCCACCUACCAAAUAUCUUUUUAAAAAUAAAUUUUUAUUAAUACUUUUCAUUAUUUACAUUACCAAAAUUCCCAUAGUCUUUCUCCCUCUUCACUCAUUCCAGAUCCAUAUAACCAGAAUUUUUUAAAGAAAAAUAUGAAAAGGAGGAAAAAAUGAGCCAAACUGAUCAAUACAUUGAGAAAAUGUCAUAUUUAUAUAUACAAAAUAUGUGUAUCACAUUUGUGUAUUUUCUACCUCAGCAAAGGAGUGGAGUGGGAUAAUCCCCUAUCUCAUCUUCAGAGUUCUAUUUGUUCUUUGUAAGUUUGCAACAUUAAUUUUUAAAAAUUAUUUAUUUUUAAUAGUUUUUUAUUAUUUUUUGAUUGUUCUUUCCAUUUUCAUUGUUGUAGUCAUUAUUCAUAUUAUUUUCUUGGCUCUGCUUGUUUUAUUAUGAAUUCAUUCACAUCGACCUUUCCAUGUUUCUGUGUAUUCAUCAUAUUUGUUAUUUCUUGCAGUACAGUAAUAGCUCUUCAUGUGGAGAAUAAGCUAGAGUGGGGACAGGGAACAGAAAGAGGCUGGCUGACCUAUCAACAGGCUAUUGCUACAAUCUAUAGUUGGAAGUGAUGAGGGCCUAUAUGAGGGCAGUAGCAGUAUCAGAAAAGAAAAAGGAUUAUAUAUGAGGAAUGUUAUAAAGGUGAAAUGAACAGGCUUUAACAAAAGAUUAGAUGAAGGGGCAGGUGAGAAAUGAAAGGAAAAACACCUAGAUUGUGAGCCUGGAAGAUUGGAAAGAUGGUGUUACCCUUGGCAGUGAUAGGGAAGUUUGGAAAGGGGGGAGAUAUUAGAGGGAAGAUAAUGAGUUCAGCUUUGGAUAUGUUGAGUUUAAGACUCAACUAGACAUCCAGUUUGAGAAGUCUGGGAGUAGGUGAUAUGAGAUUGUAGUUCAGCAAAAAGGUUGGACAGGAUUGGUAUAAUUGAAAAUCAUCAGCCUAGAGAUGGUAAUUAAAUCCAUGGGAAUUGAUGAGAUCAUUAAGUAAGGUAAUCUAGAAGGAGAAGGAAAGAGAAGGGGACACUUUUGGUUAGAAUGUUGUUCUGUCUUUGUUCUCAAAGAGGAUUACUAUCAUAAGGAAAGUGAUGUCUUCCAGGUGAAUUGCACUUAAGUGAGGCAGGGCUGUAUAAAGUCAUCAGCCUUAUUCUUUUCUCUGCAGUUAUUAUAGUUCAGUGGCAAGACAUAGACCAGGAUGACUGGAGAUGGCUCUGGGUCUGUGGUUAGAGGAAGUAAUUUGAAUGAAGAUCCACAAAAGGAAAUUGAGAAAUAAUGGUCAGAUAGGUACAGGGAGAACCAGCAGAGUAUUGUUCCAAAAACCUAGAGAGAAGAGAGUAUUAAAUAGGAAAGUGAGGUCGAUCAAUGGUGUCAAAUGCUGCAGAAAGAUUGAGGAGAACAAGGAUUGAAUAAAGGCCAUUGAUUUAGCAAUUAAGAGAUCAUCGAUAACUUUGGAGAGCAAUUUAAGGGAAACAAUGGAUUCAGAAGCCAAAUUAUAAGGAUUUAAGAAGAGGGUGAGGAAGAGAAAGUAGAUUAUGAAUUACAUUAUCCCUUUUCAUCCCCAUGAUCAUUUUCUCUCAUUUGUAAUAACAUUGCUCUGAUUCAUACUUUCUUACUUUUCUGGGUGUCAAUUGCCUCUAGAAGCUCUGCUUCUUCUCCAAAGCAAUAUGUUAUCCACUCUCAGAUAUAGUGAUUUUUCUGAACACUGAAUCUCUGCAGCUUAUAACAAUUGUAAGUUUCCCAUUUUCCAUUUAAAAAGUACCUCUCUGCUUCCGUGGGAACAUUCUUUAGUGAGACAUCACUGAAUUAAGCUUUCCCUCUUCCUUUCCUCUGGUUUCUGGCCCUCCCUUUUGCAUAUUCAAUCAUUCUCCUCAAGCCCUCUUCCCUUUAAGUGAAUUUUCCUUUUUUUUUUUAAAGCAUUGCUUUCAUUAGGAGACAUUAAUUUCUCCUUGAUCUUCUUUCCUCCUACUCCUCCUUUAUGUGCCCUCCCAUUAUGCUGUUUAGUUCCACAAAAAAACCUGAUUCGGCUGUAGGCAAGUGUUGUGAGGUUUAGUAUAGUGUAUUUCAAGACUGUCUUCUCAUAAUUGGUUCUCCCAUUUAUAAUCCAUUUUUCACUCUUGUUUUCUAGCCUACUGGAAAGAUAAUAUUUUAGAAAAAUGGUUCUAUUAAUGGUCCUAUUGUUAUUUUGUUGUUAUUAUUUGCAGAGGUGUCUUCUUCUUUCUCCCCUGCCCCCAUCCUGGUGAAUUGCUUUCUUACUCUACUCCUACCCCCACCCCGAAGUCACUAACAUUGGUUCCUUUUGUUUCAAUGGAUUUUGGCUGAGCAUUUUCUGGGGGCUUGAUAGUUCACUGAAAAGAGCAUGAGACUUGGAUCUGAGUUCAAAUUUGGCCUUAGACACUUACUAGUUGUAUAAUCCUGGAUAAUCACUUAACCUUUAUUUGCCUCAAUUUUCUCAACUGUGAAAUGGAGAUAAUAAUAUUACCUAGAAUUCUAUCAUAAAAUAAUAAUUGUAAAAGAGCCUUUAGCUUUUUAGUCUGGCAUACAGUAAACAAUGUGAAAAUAUUAGCCAUCAUUAUUAUUGUUGCAACAAAACAUAUUGUUAUGCUGCCUUCUCUGGCAAAGUACCAUUUCUGCUUUGUGUGUCCCAGGAUGAGGAUGAUGCAGUAUUAAGUUCUUUUACAAUACUGUGGGUCUUCUUCUGUAACCCAACCAGAAUGUAGUGAUUGGUGGUGAAGGGAAUAUUGAUUGAACUUCCUAGGGAUUAGGAAUUAGCCUUUUCUACUCUUAAUUUACAGGGACAUUACUUCACUGGGGCCUUUAAUAUCUUAGACUGUGAAGUUGUUUUACUUCUUGUACAUAAUUCUUAUUUUGGAAAAGUUUAAGGGUUAAUCUUAUAACUUGUUAGUUUAUGACCUAGAAGUCUUACUGCCACAUGUCCACUCCACUCUAUUCUGGAUUUCUAUGAUUACUAGAUUUCUUCCUUGGAUCUGAGUCUGUCCCUGUCCCUGUCCCUGCCACAUUUCCUGAAUCAUACUUUCACUUAACAAUUAAGCCUUUCUUGGGACUAACCUUGAAAUGAUCUAUGGCUAAAUUAACUUGACAGAGUAGAUAAUAGAUAGAAUGCUAGUCUUGGAGUAAAAAAGCCUUAGUUUUGAAUUCAGAGCACAACACUUUAAUUAGCUAUGUGAUCCUGGGAAAGCUGAUUAACCUCUCAGCCUUAGUUUUCUUAUCUGUUAAGUGUCAAAAGCUAUUAAGUAUCUACCUCAUUGUUGUUAUAAGAGUUAAAUGAAAUAUAUGUAAAUGUGCCUCAUAACUGUCAGUUGUAAUUAUUGCUGAAAUAUAAAUGAAAAUAUAUUUUUUAAAAAUGUGUAAAUAAAAGAAAGCUUAUUUUCCAUUUUUAAAGUCUUGUCAAUUGAUAAAUCAAUCAAAUGUUUAAAGUAAAUGUGAAGCAUUUCUGGGUAUUUUUAUAAAUAAAUCAACCAAAGGUAUGAA